AGUUCUAUAUAAAAUUUUCUCGGCUGCGUUUUUUUUUGUUUAAUUUCCUUUUCUACCAUGAAAAAUACUUAAUCGGAGAAAAUCUUUUCGAAUGUAGUAAAAAUUUUGAAAGUUUAAUUUUUAAGCUUAGAAAUUUGUGAAAAAAUUGUCAUAGUGAAAAUAUUUGAUUGAAUUUUCGAAUAAACGUUGUAUGUAUUUCCACAGGAAGCAACGCACGAAAAAUAGCCAAAUUUAUAACGAAGCAAAUGUCUUACAAAUUUAUUUUUUUUCAAUAACUUCUAUAGUGUGACCUGGGAAGUGGUGUGGAUGAAAUAAAGUAUAAUCAUUAAUACGACAAAAUAUUAUUUCGACAAAAGAGCACCGUUUCCAAUUGGAAAAAAAAUAUUGGAAAAACGGGAUACUGAUCCAUACAUCGUGAUUUUAGCAGCUGGUGCGGCUGUGGUCAAUAACACAUCGCUGUCAUUCGCAAUUACAGCAUCUGAAAUUGAAACAAGGGCAACAAAAACAACAGCUGUCUCGAACAAUAAAGUAGUAGUAGCUAGCGGAAAAAAUAUUGAAAUGAACACAAAAGCUGACGUCAACAGGCGGGUUUUGGCCAUUCAAGCCAAGAAGAAACGGCAUAAGCCUAAUAAGAAGCGUGGUAAACAAAAUGGUGUAGCAAGUGGUGCCGGCGGCGGUGGUGGUGGCGGUGGUGUUGGCCAGACACCGGGAAAUUCUAAUAAUAGCAAUCCAAGCGGUGCUCCGCCAACAUCUCCACUUUCGCCAGAAUGUGAAAUCAAUCCGAAAAUGUCUAAAUCGUUUAGUGGAGCACCAUCGACAAGUGGCACAGGUUCAAUGACUGCUAACACGCCUGCCACAGGAUCUGCCACGAAUUUGGACGAUAUAGCACAUAUUAAGGGUGCGGCGGUUAAUGCCGGUGGUGGGGGUAAAAAGUACACAACCAACAACUAUCAACAACAACAGUUGCUACAGCAACAACAAUAUCAGCAACAGCAAAAGUAUAUCAAUAAUUUUCAUGUGCAGCAACAGCAGCAACAACAACAACAAUACAAUCAUGUACAACAGCAUCAAUACGAUGAUGUUAAUCAGCAGUUGCAACAACAACAACAACAAUAUCAAUACCCGCCACGCAGUUCUUCGAAUGAUUCGGAAGAUUCAGAAUUGAAUAGUGAAAAUGAGGAGCAAGAAUUAAAGGAAGACUACUGUAAAGGUGGCUACCAUCCUGUAAAUAUUGGCGAUCUCUUUCAAGGACGUUACCACGUUGUACGCAAAUUGGGCUGGGGCCAUUUCUCUACCGUUUGGCUAUGCUGGGAUUUGCAAGAGAAACGUUAUGUGGCCAUAAAAAUCGUAAAAUCCGCUCAUCAUUUCGCCGAAACGGCCAAAGAUGAAAUCAAGAUACUCAAAUCGGUGCGCGAUUCGGAACCGAGCAAUCCGCGUCGCCAGAAAACGGUGCAGCUGUUAGACGAUUUUCGAAUUACCGGUGUAAAUGGUACACACAUUUGUAUGGUAUUCGAGGUGCUUGGUGACAAUCUGCUGAAACUCAUACGCAAGUCCAAUUAUCGUGGUAUACCAAUUGAAAAUGUUAAAUCGAUUACACGUCAGGUGCUCGAGGGUUUGGACUAUUUACACACUUGUUGCAAGAUUAUACAUACCGAUAUAAAACCGGAGAAUGUGCUACUUUGUGUCGAUGAUCAAUAUGUGCGUUCGUUGGCGAACGAAGCCACUGAGCUGUAUGUGAUGAAUUAUAAAAUGUUUCCAUCAUUUGUUAGUCGAGCUCCGAAAGAAUAUCGUGAGCCACAAAUCACCGGCAAAAUGAGUAAAAACAAAAAGAAGAAGCUAAAAAAGAAAGCUAAGAAACGUUUGGAAUUGUUCAAAAAACAAUGGGAUUACCUGGAGCAAAGUGGUGGUGGUGGGCCCAAUGAGGGCGGUGAAGCGCCAGCAGAAAAUGCUGAAGGCGUCGUCCUGAAUAAUGAUGAUUUUGGUGAUGGACGCAAUGAGCAACAGCGUCCGCGUUUGAAGGGUGGUAAAUUGGUCAAUGGCGAUGCCAGUGAUCCGGAAGAUGGGCAGGAGGAUGAUGAGUACGGCUAUGACGACGAUCUUGAACAGGAUGUUAAUGCAGAGGACAAAGCAGCUGAUGGCGAUGCCGAUGAUGAUGAUGAAGAGGAGCAACCGCGUGUAAGCGUGAGCAACAAUUCGAAUACGAAUUCACCGCGCAAAACGCCAAAGCAAACGUCAGUAAAUGCUGCAGCUGAACAAGUUAUUAACAACAGCGUUGGUGGUGAUAAGAAGAAAAAGAAGAAGAAAAAUAAGAAAAACAUAGCACACCAGCAGCAACACCAAAAGGAGAAGGAAAAUCAACAACAGCAAAAUGAUAAUAAAUCAACCUCGAGCAGCGAUAGCCACACCAUCAAAGACGAAGUAAAUGACUCGGGUAGUUCUUCACCGACUCUCAAGGGACAAUCAGCAAAUAAGAAAAAUGCAGGACAUAAAAAUUCCAAUACAAAGGCAAAUAAAACGCAAAAUAAUAACAUUAAAAAUAAUAACAAUUCGAACGCGUCGAAUACGAAUAUGACACCUCAUAUAAAACAAAAUGCGAAUAAUAAUGAGAAAAUUGUUAACUGCACACUCACAACAGCUCCGCCACUACAAUCCAAAUCGGAACCAGUAAUAUAUUCGCCUGCAUUAGCUUCACCACCGGCCGUAAAACCAAUCCCACGCAAAGACCCCGCGUUGGAGCCGUGCAAAUUCGACGUGAAAAUCGCCGAUCUUGGCAAUGCAUGUUGGGUGGACAAACACUUCACCGAGGACAUACAGACACGUCAGUAUCGCUCGUUGGAGGUAAUACUUGGUGCCGGCUAUGAUACAUCGGCAGAUAUUUGGAGUACUGCAUGUAUGGCUUUCGAGCUGGCAACCGGCGAUUACCUAUUCGAGCCACAUUCAGGAGAAAACUACUCACGAGACGAAGAUCAUAUUGCACACAUUAUCGAAUUAUUGGGUCCGAUACCGCUUAACAUAAUCCAACACGGUGCAUAUUCAUCACAAGCGUUCAAUCGUAAAGGCGAAUUGCGCAAUAUUACCGGUUUAAAGCCAUGGGGCCUAGUUGAUGUGCUAUCGGAGAAGUAUGAAUGGCCACGCGAUGAUGCGGAGGCUUUUGCCGACUUUCUCGUACCAAUGUUGGAGUUCGAUCGAGCGAAACGUGCAACGGCUGCGGACUGCCUAAAGCAUCCGUGGCUGAGAUAAAAUACACUGACUUGCUGUUGCGCGUAUGCGCCAGCACCAAGCGUAACGCCACCUCCAACACCACCACCACCACCAUUAGCAGUAGCACCACCAACACCACCACUACCACCACUAUCACCCCCACGGCCAUUACAAAUAACACCAACAGCUACAUUGAUGUCGCUCUCCCUAUCACCAUCGCCA